CAUACAAGUAAAGGGAUUGUUUACAGCCAUCUUCCUCUUUCUGAUUUAGUGAGUGACUAAGAGGGUCACAGUACAACGAAGCAUUCGGCAGAGGCAGGGUGGGGUGAACAACAUUCAUCCGAACAAGUAAAACUGUCAUGGUGAAAAUAUUAACAAGGAAAAACAUAUUUGGCAGUUUUUUUGUUGUUGUUUUUUUUUUAAUCAGACGAGAUUGUUAAAGUAAAUGCUUCUUAAACAGUGUUUUUAGACAAUGUUUGACAGAAAAGAUACUAAGUUUUUGUCAAGCAUGUUUUGAAAGUGUUUGAAACUAAUCUGAGGAGGAAGGGGAACACAAGUGCAGAGAGAAAAGGGAUAUGAAAAUAUGAUGAAAGAAGAACUGACAUUUCCUUUCAAUAAGGUUCACAUUUCUUAGAUAACAAACAAACCUAAGGUGAGGAUUACAGGAGGAGGAUGAUUUGUUAUCAAGUAUUAUAGGAGCCUCAAGAAACUGGAGUUCUGUUUCCUGCAACAAGUUCAACCAAGGAACAAGCCAGAGGCCUUUUCAACAUAAUAUUCAAACAAAAGAAGCCAGCAAGACACUGAUGGGAAUGAUUUAAAGGAUUUUCUCUGGACCGCAGCAAGAAGACAAAAUGGCAACUCUAACUCUUCAGCUGUUGUCACUUACAGUUGUUCUUGGUGCUGUUCAACUCAUCUGUGGUUACAGCUAUAAGAACUGCAUCGAAGACCAGUACUCACGUAGAACAAGUUUCAACUGCGUUCGUCGAAAGGAACAGAACCUGUCUGCUAUUAUAAAUGACCUGCCGCCGUCUGUCAUCAGUCUCACCAUCUGCAUUAAUCCCGUGUGGAACAUUCCCAACCACAGUUUUGUUAACCUAUCAAACCUCCAAAACCUCAGAAUAGAUCAUAACAACGUGAGGGUCAUUGGUCAAUUUGCGUUCCAAAACUUGCAUCAACUUAAGUCUCUAAAUUUGUCCUAUAACCAUAUAUCAGAACUCAACCCUUCUGUGUUUUCAGACCUACGCAACCUCACCUUUCUCUCACUGACACACAAUAAGUUAAUGCAGCUCCCAGAGGGCAUUUUUUCCUCUCUUCUCAAUUUAGACACAUUAAUCAUGAGGCAAAACUUUCUGACAAACUUCUCAGCGAUUGCUGAUUCUGUGUCACGUCUAUCAAACCUGAAGAAACUAGACCUUUGCUUUAACAAUCUGACAUCUCUUAGUCACUCAAACGUGUCUCUACCCAAAUCCCUCACUGUUUUAUAUUUAUGUAGAAACAAUUUGUCUACAUUAGGAUGCAAACAUUUUUUUCUUGGGAACAUUCAUGUACUGGAUUUGUCAUACAAUUCUAGGCUCUCCACAAUGGCUUUUCAGGGAGUAGAUCUGAGACAAAUCAACUAUCUGCGUUUGCGUUCAACAAGUGUCAACAUAGUGGAGUUUUUAAACAAAAGCAAUGUCAAUGCAAAUCACGUUGAUUUCUCUGACACAGGUCUAAAAAAUGAAAGUCUGCUCACAAAGCUCUGCAAACUGUUGAAGACUAAGGUGCAACGGACAAAAAAUCUGAACCUGAAUGCUAACGGGAUUAAGAACCUAACAAACACACUGUCCCACUGUCCUGAUAUCAUAGGGGCAGUGACUCUAUCCCAAAAUCAACUGAAAACAAUAAGUUGUCUUAGCUUUCUCAAAAGACAGACAAGUAUAAAAAGCUUCAGUGCAGAGCAUAACCACCUCACCUCCCUCCAAUCUUGUAAAAUGCAAAAGAUGGUUUAUUUCAAAAGCCUGGAGGAGCUGAGCUAUCGUUACAACAGGAUCCUCUCCGUCAGCUAUUAUGCCUUCUAUCACACACCAAACAUCAAGACACUGAAACUCAACAUAAACACAAUUGCUUUCCUCCAUCGUAAAGCUCUCAAAGGCCUAAAAAGGCUUGAGACACUCCGCUUGGACAACAACCUUUUAACUGAUUUGUUCAAUGAAACAUUUGAAGAUAAUUUCAACCUGCGAAUUCUUAACUUACGCAACAAUCGUAUUUCUGUCAUUUUCAAUGGGACCUUCCUCAGGCUCAGGAAACUGAAUACAUUGGACCUCGGAGGUAAUAAGAUCACUCAGAUUCAACCAUCAGGUCUUGCUGGACUAACAAGUCUGUCCAAAUUCUAUCUAGAUGGAAACAACCUCAAACACAUUGACACUUCGCUUUAUCAUGCAUUCCAAGGUACUCUCACAGUGUUGGAUUUACAAAGCAAUCAGAUUAGCUUCCUUGAUGAAAAUAUCAAUUCACCAUUUAUGAAUCUCAGCAAACUCAGUGAUCUGAAAAUGGAUGGGCAGCGGCCUUAUGGCCUCACUGUUUUACCCCACACUUUAUUUCGUGGCCUCCAUUCACUGAAAUCUCUGUAUCUCACCAACAAUAAGAUCUUUCACAUUGCUCCCGAUACCUUUGAUGAUCUGACAGGCUUACAUUUCCUCUCACUAGAUAACUGCUGUGUUGGGGUGGCAAACCUACAACCAGGAAUCUUUAAAAAUCUAAGAAAUUUGACCAAACUGACUGCAGAAAAUAUGGGCAUUCAGAACUUCUCCAAGGAGGUGUUUGGGAAUCUUACAGCGUUAUGCAUACUGCAACUCAACCGCAAUGUGAUGCAGAGCAUUCAGGUAAAUGCACUAGAACAUUUGCCUAAACUCCACUAUCUUGACAUACGUAAUAUUCCUUUAAGCUGCACCUGCAAGAACAACUUGCUGCAAAACUGGACUCGAUACAAUUCAAAAGUCCAGAUAGUCUAUCUCUACAAUCUGUCAUGCAAACAAGAUGCAGAACAUAAAUUCUACAACUUUGAUACCAAUGUUUGUUACAUAGAUCUAGGAGAAUAUCUGUUUUUUAGCACAGCAGCUGUGAUCUUUCUCUUCACAGUCAUUCCUUUACUUUAUGUCAAACUUUACUGGAAAAUGAAGUACAGCUACUAUGUGUUUCGUUCCUGGUUCAGUGAGCAGUGGCGCAAACUCAGAGAGGAGGAGGAAAACUGCAAAUAUGAUGCAUUUAUUUCCUAUAAUUCCUCUGAUGAACAAUGGGUCAUGGACCAGUUGUUGCCCAACCUGGAGGGAAAAGGUUCAUCUUUUAAACUUUGCCUACAUCACAGGGACUUCGAGCUGGGUCGUGAUAUUGUGGACAACAUUGUGUCUGCUGUAUACAGCAGCCGUAAAACUAUUUGUGUGGUGAGCCAAAAUUUCCUACAAAGUGAGUGGUGUUCCCUUGAAAUCCAGCUCGCCAGCUAUCGACUCUUUGAUGAGCACCGAGACAUUCUUCUGCUCGUGUUUCUGGAGCCAAUCUCUGAGAGGCAGCUGUCAUCCUACCACCGCAUGAGGAAAGUCAUGUUGAAAAAGACUUAUUUGCAGUGGCCUGGCUCAGACUGCACUAACCCGAGGCAGGCCCAAGACCUGUUUUGGAAUCAGCUACAUAGGGCAAUGAGAACAGGAAGCAGACUUACAACAGACGAAAAUAACAAAAGUGAAGGUUGUGUUAAUACUGAAAGCAAAGAAUCCAGACAUAUUGAGACAACAGAUGAAAGCUAUUACUUGCUACCUUAAAGGGUUUGAAAAAUGUAUUUGUGAUUUAAGAUUAAUGUGAUUUACUGUAAGUGAAUAUCCUAUACCUGUAUGUUGAAUAAUUCAAUUUUU